GCGGAAGGGCCCCGUGGGCGGCGCCUGCGCUGUAAGUGUCCCCGCGAUGAGGGAGGUGGGGCUGCCGGCACGCGCCGCCGCCGGUGAGGUUAAGGGCAAUAGAAGUUGAAAACACACUCCUCGCUUUGCUCUGAGUCCCCCACCGUCUUCAACAUGGCUGGUGGCAUUACUGACACAGGAGAGCUUUACUCUCCCUACGUUGGUCUGGUUUACAUGUUCAACCUCAUCGUUGGGACAGGAGCCCUAACCAUGCCAAAGGCCUUUGCGACGGCAGGGUGGCUUGUCAGCCUCGUUCUCCUAAUGUUCCUGGGAUUUAUGAGCUAUAUGACUACAACCUUUGUGGUAGAAGCCAUGGCUGCUGCAAAUGCCCAGCUGCGAUGGAAGAGAAUGGAGAAACGCAAGGAGGAUGAUGAGGAUGAGGAUUCUUCCUCUGGAGUAUCUGACAGUGAUGUUCUCCUCCAAGAUGGCUACGAGCGAGCAGAGACACGACCCAUCCUGUCAGUUCAGAGACAUGGUUCACCCAAUAUCUUUGAAAUCACUGAAAGGGUGGAAAUGGGCCAGAUGGCUUCCAUGUUCUUUAAUAAAGUGGGUGUCAACCUCUUCUAUUUCUGCAUAAUUAUCUACCUCUAUGGGGACCUGGCAAUCUAUGCAGCGGCUGUACCGGUCUCUCUCAUGCAAGUGACCUGCAGUGCCACUGGCAACCAUUCUUGCAGUGUUGGAGAUGGCACAAAGUAUAACGAUACGGACAAGUGCUGGGGGCCAAUUCGACGGAUUGAUGCUUACAGGCUGUAUCUGGCAGCAUUCACUCUCCUCCUGGGUCCUUUCACCUUCUUCAAUGUGCAGAAGACCAAGUACCUUCAAAUCAUGACAUCCCUCAUGAGAUGGAUAGCUUUCAUCCUCAUGAUUAUUCUGGCCCUCAUCCGCAUCAGCAGAGGCCAAGCUGAAGGUCACCCAUCCAUGGCCCAGCUGUCGGGCAUCCGGAAUCUCUUUGGGGUGUGCGUCUACUCCUUCAUGUGCCAGCACUCCCUGCCAUCCCUCAUCACACCCAUCUCCAAGAAGAAGCACGUCAACAAACUCGUGCUGCUCGAUUACGUCCUGAUCCUGGCUUUCUACAGCCUCCUGUCCUUCACUGCCAUUUACUGCUUCCGCAAUGACACCCUCAUGGACAUGUACACACUCAACUUCACCAACUGCGAGAUCAUCAACGUUGCCUUCAUUCGCUACUUCCUGGGCCUCUUCCCUGUCUUCACCAUCAGCACCAACUUCCCCAUCAUCGCAGUGACCCUGCGCAACAACUGGAAGACACUUUUCCACAGAGAAGGGGGGACCUACCCGUGGGUGGUAGAUAGGAUUGUCUUUCCUGCCAUCACGCUGAUUCCCCCAGUGCUGGUGGCUUUCUGCACCCACGAUCUGGAGUCCUUGGUGGGGAUCACGGGAGCCUAUGCUGGGAAUGGGAUCCAGUAUCUCAUUCCUGCUUUCCUCGCGUACUGCAGUCGGAAGGACACUCAGCUGGUCUUUGGCAGUGGGACGGUUAACAAGCACCUCUCCCCUUUCCGGCACACCUUCUGGAUUGUGUUCGUGCUCAUAUGGGGCUUUUCUUGCUUUGUGUUUGUGACAGCAAACAUUGUCCUGAGUGAGUCUAAACUCUGAUGUGAGGGUAGCGGCACGCUCCCUCCUGGGCUCCAGAGACUUCAGCAUUUCAGCUCCCCCUCUGGGACUGUGGAGGGUGGGCAGAGGCACCAUGAAGGGAAUUUUCCAGGCCAUCGGCUUGGUGGCACGGGUUAGACCUGGACACAGACUUUCUUCACUCCGUUUUGGGUGUGGAUGGAGUGGACUCGGCCUUGUUACAGUGCUGGUUCUCAGACCCGCUAUACAGAGCCAUGGGGCUGAGCCCUUGGCAGUCUGCACGAUUAACCAGUGUCCGGCCAUUUCUGCCUUCAGCUCUGUUGGAGCAUCGCUCUCUGUCCCUCCAGCGGCUCUCUGUGCUGCAGGUCUCAGCACACGGGAGAGCAGCCAGCCUUGGCCGCUCACUACACUAAGCGGCUAAAUGUCCCUUCUCCCAAAGGCAGGGACAUGCUGUCGAGAAUCCAGUGUGAGUUUGGGGGAAAUGAGUCUCUUCUGUCAGCCGAGACCCCUCCCGACCCACCUCCUGUACCAAUGGGGGAAGACAUUAGGGUGAGAAUAGCCCUAAUUCAGACAAAAAUAACUUUGUGUGCUGUUACACUUUAUUUUUCUAGAGGCAUUAACCUGUUUUUUUGCACCAUGGAUUGCCUGGGAGCUGGGGUCUUUUGCUUAGAGCUGGAUUUCUGCAGCCCAGGGGUUUACAUUCACACUUCUCAUCCUGUUCUCCUGUGCUGCGGCAGCCCCGGCCAGCCAGAGCUCUGCCCCUGUGCGUGCAUGGACACAGCUCUUCGCCCCCGGAGAGGAAACUGCAGCCCUGUGUCCCUCGGCUCCUGCGUGCAGCCCCAGAGCCCUUCUCCCUUCCUCACUUUUGCAUGGGGCUGGUGCAGCAGGCCGGACCCUGACUCCAGUGGCCAGGAUUCCGGUCUGCUGGGGAAGUGCUAAUUAUCCAGUCCUGACACGCGUGAGGCCUGUGAGAGCUCUGGCUGUGCACACUGAUGUGUUUCCAGCCUCCCGUGCUGGGUAAUUAGCCUUGAAACAAGGUGGGUGUUAACUGAAGGGAAUGGGCUGGUGCCAGGAGGCAGCGGCGGUGCCCUGGCUCAGCCCUCCCUGCCUGCAGGAGCAGAGCUCCCAAGGGCUACGGGAGAGCAAAAACCAAAACCCUGCUCAAUCUCCCCCUCUUCCCCUCCUGUGCAGGGCUAAGGUGGGCUCUGCGCUGGUCCCGUUCAGCUUAUCUGAGGGUUGGGUUGUCUCUCACCAUGGGCGGUCAGCGCUGCUGGUGAGUCUCUGCUUCUGAGGCUUCUGGCGGUCGCUGUAAUACCCACGCAGAGACCAACAGGGCCAGGUCCUGUGCUCUGAGACCCUUGGGCAAAGAUCAUAUGGGUUUUUCUAAAAAAAGGAAGAACUUUAAAAAGUUUUCACCUGAAAUAUCUUAACCCCCUCUUAUUAAAGCAGGUUCAAAGCCAGGUGCAUGUCACUUAACGUUAGAUCCUCUUGCCCUCUGCACUUGCUGCAGUAUUAAGUGUCACCGCUCGCUAAAGCAAGCUUUGAACUGCAGCUCUUUUUAAUCAAGCUCUGUUUUCAAGUAGGACUUUCUCGUUUCCAUAUGACCUGAAGUGCUCCUCCUGGGGGAAUGUGCAAGUACCUGGAGCUGUAUAAAAACACUUCAUGGCUUUUAAAGUAAAACCCUGCACCUCUCGAGCCUGAGCACCGCCACUGUGUCCUUGCCGAGCUGCUUGGAGAGGAUCCGGGGGGGACUGGUUGGGAUGAGACAAACAGGCAUUGGCAGCCCUCGCUAGUGAGUUUAAACAAACCCAAGUGCUCCGGGAAAGCUGAUGUGGCAUCUUCAGUGCCAAAUUAGCAAGUUAUUUUACAGGUGGCUGGUGUCUCAUUGAAGAAGAGGGACAGUAGCUGCGCAGGUUGGAGGGCAAAUUGGUGGGGCAGCUCGUGGGGAGCCACCUGCGAGGCAGCUGGGAGCUGGGCAGAGCUGGAGGGAGGAAUUUAAUGCUGAUGAAAUGAGCCUUUGGAAGCUGGAAAGGCUGCUGGGGCUGCUCCUCUGCACAAGUGCGCAGGUGUGGGUUUAGGGAGGGGGCUGAGCCCUUUCCUACGGCGCUGCCUGCCCUUUGCGAGGCACUUGGCUCAGCCUCCAUCCCUUCAAGUGCCCAUUUCCAUCUCUUGCCUUCACGUUUCAUUGCCAGCCAGAGAACGGGGCUGUUCUCUGUUAGUUCAUCUCCUCUCAUCCUCCUCCCUUUCCCCCUUGGUCUCCCUCCCUUCCUGCCCCUGUGUCACACAGGGGAGCCUCCUGCCUGCCUUGCCUGGGGUGGGAGGGAGCCCAGCCUGGCGCCCCCUCUCCUGCACCUCCUCCAUUUAAAGAUGUGCCUUCUCUUCCCUGGCCUGGGUGGCCACCUCUCCUCCUCGGCAUGGCGUGGCAGAGACUUCUAAGGAGCCUUACCUCUAAAAACAGCUUAGGUCCAGGCUUUGGAUGUAGCGGCGCAAUGAGGGCUCGCAUCCUGACCCCAGCCUCUGCCGUGGUACCUUACCGAGAAGGACUCUGGUCCCCAGGGAGCACCAGUGCUUUCUUAAAUAAAUAACCACAAAUUCCCAGACGCCCGCUGUCCUCGCACAGCAGCAAAACAAAUCUAUCCAAGAAAUGGGGGUGAUUAACGGAAAGAAGCUCUACGGUGGAGAGAACAUUUUUCAUACAAAACAUGACAUAGCAAUGCCUUAAAAAUUACUGGAGAAAGCGGGAAGGGUACGGCUCAGCGGAGCCAGCGCUGCCCGGGGGUGGGCUGGGGGGACGCUGAGUGACCCCGGCGCAGUGUGGGGCAGGAGCUCCCUCCUCUCACCCAUCACCAACGAGUCUAUUUUUUAUUUGGCCGUUAUCAGCACUAACAAUUCGUUAUUAGAGAUUCUCACGUGAUGUUUGUCCUGACUGUAAUUAGUUUUCAAAAAGUGGGAUUAAAAACAAUAAAAUGCACAUUAUACAUCUGGUUUAGUCUGGCUGCUUUUUCAACCCCCUUCCUCCUCUGGUGCAUGCACUGAGCAGCUAUUCCUGGGAGGGGGGGGAUGGCCAUGACUGAUGGGGCUGCAGGCUAAGGAGAAAUGGCAAGCGGAGAGGCUAAUAGAGACCCUCACCUCUUCUCUAUUAGCCUCCUGCAACUCUAGGUGGUAGCUGCAAACUCAAUUAAAACAUCUGUACUUUCCCCUUCUCAAUUACGGCUCCUUACACUUAAAACCAAACAAAUUGAAUUGCUUCACCGCCUCGGGCUGCAAAGGCAGUUUCUGCCAACGAAUUUAUUAUCACCAUAAAGCGCAGCUUGAUUUACGUUAAAAUA